AGCACAAGCAAUCUUAUCGAUAUCGAUACAGCGCCGACGAUACACUCCAGAACCCCUCACCCCAAAUUGUCUCCUGCCUUCGACCCUCACACGGCAGGCAGCCGACCCCAGUUCAGUGGGCCAUCCGUCGAUGACCGGCGAAGGCCAUUGCGCCCGCCUCAAACUCCGCCAACGGCGACAACAACCACGACAACUUUCGUCCUGAUCGAGCUCUCGGCAAUCGCCGCUUCGGCGUUACCUGCAUAAUGAAUGCGGCAAAUGCCCCCGCGACCGUGAGGAUAUCCGGCCCACCAAACAGCAGCUUCUUGGUGGGUUAUCCCGGUAUCUCCGCGACCUUGCCUAGAAUCGUCGGCAAAGUCGAAAUCCGCCCCGGCGCAGGCUUCUCGGCCCCCGUAAAUGUUUCCAUGGUGCGCAUCUGCCUUCAACGACGAGAGACGAUACAUCCGGCCGCCGAAAAUGUUGCAAAACGGCACCUUGGGACGCCGCGACGGGAGACGGUGGAUUUGGUGGGGAAGGAGGUGCUACUCUUUCGAUGCGUGUCGGGAAAAGAGGCGGAGAGCGUGAUCGCGAUGGACCUCCCGUUUCAAAUAUUCAUUCCGUUCGGGCGCAGUGGCGAAGAGACGAACCGCCGGAUUCCCCCUGCGAGCAUGCAACUGCCCAGUCGAAUCGCCGAGACAUAUUACGAACUCGUGGUCACGGUCCAGCAGGGGUCGAGCGUGCAGAACCGCUAUACUUUCCCCAUUCCGCUCCAGCGGUACGACACACUCUCGACCUUCGGCAUGUACAACCGACCAGAAACGAGGGCGGCGACGGCGGACCACGUGGUGACCCUCGGCAUCUCGCUUCCAAAAUGGAGCUACGGACCCCUCGACCCGAUCACAGUUUAUGUCAAGCUGUCACCGAAUCCGGACUAUCUGAAUAAGGCGAAAAGGGUAACGAUACAGAAGCUCACUCUCACCAUCGAGGAGGAGAUUACGUUCAACCCCGAAGGAGACGAGCCAACGAAGAAGAUCAACAAGAUCGCCAAACACACCCAGGCCGUGGGGACGAAGAUGCCCGAGACCGGAUAUAUCACCAACCUGGGGCUCGUGCUCCCGGCGCGAGACCUAAGGGAUCCGGAUGGCAUAAUAAAAAGGGGCAAGCCCGCAUUUCCAAUGUAUGAGGUGACAAGCUUCUCGACGACAUCCACAUUAUACAAGGUUGAAUUCUUUUUAAGUAUCAAGGCCCACAUGACUUCCGCUAGAGAUAUCACAUUACGCCAGCCGAUCGUGGUAUGCCCGAUGGAUCAGCAGGCUUGCAAAGAGGAGAUGGAUGCUAUCGAACAAGCCGCAAAGGACGCAUCUCACGUCGAUCCGAACAACCCCAUUCUUCCGGAUCGAACCAUCAUCUUAGCCACCGAGAGGGAGGCAAUUCGGCACCUUGGGUUGUGUGAGGUCGGGGGAGUCAAAAAGAUGCUGAUCGAGUGAUCCACCCGAGAUACACAGCAGUUGGAUGGAAGUGGGACGGCCCAAACAGCAGACAGCGUCGAUUUAAUGCCUAGUGCAUGCUGUCGCCCUCAGAGGCCGAAGGUGUUUCACCACGUGCCGACGAUCUAAGCAAGACGACGAUUCUCCCGGGCUAGAACUCCGGAUAGCACAUACCGACAACCGGCCUUUGGGCCUCGGCUUGCCCACCCGGAUCUCCCGGGGCGUUCCAGGAGUCUAAUUAACUUCCCGAUGAACCAACCCGGCAUCCCCCACGCCAUAUUCGCAGUACGGGUUUG